CUUUAAUUGGUUCCAGCCCAGGUGCCCAGGGCUCUGUGGUGAGGACAGGGACUUGCUGGCAGGUUUCCCUGAAGGUGGUGUGAAAUUGCAUAUAGGAGCCCAGGUUUUGGUGUCCUGGUAGGGCAGGGCUGUUCCUGCAGCCUGUGCUUUGGGAUCCAGGGAAGGAGCAGAGGGGUUUUUGCUCAAGCCUCCAGAAAUUUGGGCAACAGAGGCAGCUGUCGUUGGUGUUGGAAAUGUCUGGUGGAGAUUUUGGCAACUGAUGUCCUGAGUAAUCCUGGCCAAGUCAUCUAAAGAAAGGCACAGUUCUGUCCCCUGAGUUGCCCCUCUUCUUGCUCAUGUUUGGAAGAAGGGAAACUGAGGCAGCUUACCCCAGCACGCCCAGUGGCUGACCAGGACUGGACCCAGCACAGCUCUGCCAGAGCCCGCGCUGCCCUGCCUGAGCCCUGGCGAGGGCAGAAGAUGAACCAGGAACAUCUGCAGAGAAAAUAAGAACAAAAGCAGACGCAGACACAAGUGAGGGAACAAGUGACAGUGGGAAAUAAACCGGGCAAUGAAUUCUUGCUUGAACUGUAAAAUAAAACCACUAGGAGAUGCUUAAGGAAGAUGGGAUGGAGAAUCUUAUUUUAAAAAGAUUAGUGGCUUUUUAUUUCAAAAAGGAGAGGAAGAUGAUGGUGCGAUCCGAGCCACAUCUCCGUGCCUCUGUGGAAAAAGGCUUUUGUCCUGCUGUCUUCUAGGAAAUGCUUUUAAUCAAAUUACGAAGUUGAAGGCUGUGACUUUUACUACUCACAGGAUAGGAGGGAUCUGCCACCAUCUGCCACCCAGCAGGGCUUCCUGAGUGCCACCUUCAGCCUCGGUGAUGGAGAGCCCCCUCUUUCCCCUGUCUGUCUCCCAAAUGCCAUCCCUGCCCCGCAGCCCUCGUACCUGCGGGCAGCCCCGAGCUCUGCGCAUCCCUUUCCACUCUCCCACGGGGAAACGAAAUAAAACACAAAAUAAAAGCUUGGUUCCCUUACCCAGGAGGCUGCACAGUGACUAACCGGAGGGUUUGAUGCAGAGCAGCCCCGGCUCUCUCCAUCGCUGCGCCCUGGCCGCCUCGGAGCGCUUUUCCCAGGGAAGAACUCAACGAAAUCCGGGCAGCGGGGGGGCUGGGGGGCAGCCUUACCUGCUCUGCUGCUGGCGGCCGGCCGUGGGAUAAAACUCGCCCUGGGUCUGGCCACCGGGGCUCCGUUUAAUUUCCCCCCGAGCUCGGGAAAACCGAGCGAGCGCCCGGGCGGAUGGCGCAGCCCGCUGGGGAGCGGGUUUCCCCCGGGGGCCUCGCUGCCAAAGACGGCCCCAGCGAGGGGCCGGGGGGGUUUGCCCGUGGGAGACAGGUCCCGGGCUCUCCCCCCCCCCCCCCUUUCCAUCAGAGGGCUCGGCUGGGCCGGGCCGGGCUCCGCACGCCCCCGGGGGUGGGCAGGGGGGCGGCCGCCCUAUAUAUUGCAAAGCAGCUCGGGGCCCGGCUCCCCAUCGCCGGGAGCUGCCGCGGCGCCUGCCCCCUCUCCCCUUCCCCUUCCCCUCCCUCUCCCCCAGCCCUCGGGGGGGGCUUUUUCUCCCGUAGCCCCCCCCACUUACCCCCAUCCCUCCGGCCGUAUAUGACCGCGGCCGGCUUCCCCUGCCUGCGAGGCAUGUGCACGCUGCCGGCCCCCAGCCCUGCCGCCAGUCCCGGCUCCCCCGGGCCCCCCCGGGGGUCGCCCCCAGCCUGCCAGGCGCCCCCGGUGAAGCCGGAGCCGAGGGGCGGCGGGGGCAGCCCCCCAGCUCCUCUUCCUCCUCCUCUGCCCCCCGAGGAGCCUCCGCCACCAGCCGGGGGUCGCCGGAGGAAGCGGCCGGUGCAGCGGGGCAAGCCCCCCUACUCCUACAUCGCCCUCAUCGCCAUGGCCAUCGCCAACGCCGCCGAGAGGAAGCUGACCCUGGGGGGCAUCUACAAGUUCAUCACCGAGCGCUUCCCCUUCUACCGGGAGAACCCCAAGAAGUGGCAGAACAGCAUCCGCCACAACCUCACCCUCAACGACUGCUUCGUCAAGAUCCCCCGCGAGCCCGGCCACCCGGGCAAGGGCAACUACUGGACGCUGGACCCGGCGGCCGAGGACAUGUUCGACAACGGCAGCUUCCUGCGCCGGAGGAAGCGCUUCAAGCGCACCGACAUCACCACCUACCCCGGCUACAUGCAGAACUCCAGUGCCUUCACCCCGCCGCCCGCCGCCCGCCCCGUGGCACCCGCUGCUCCCUACCCCAAUGCCCUCUGCUCGCCCGGCUACGGCCCCCAGCUCUCUGGUGCCGUUUUCCAUCCUUACGGGGCCGGAGCAGCCCCGCAGGCGCAGCACCCCAGGAUGUUCAGCAUCGACAGCCUCAUCAGCGGGCAGCAGGCCCUGCAGCCCUCGCCGCCUGCCGAGCUGGGCCACCCCUCGUUGGGUUUAUCCGGGGCUGAGCUGGCCCCCAGCUGCUCCGCCGGCGCCUCCGAGCCUCCCUGCUUCCAGCCUCAGCCCGUCAGCCCCGGCUUGCUGGGCCGGCCUGGCCCCAACACCUUGCCUUACCCCUACGCUGCCUCACCUCCUCACCUGCCCGUGGGGCAGGGCGGGUAUUCACCCGGCAGCCCGCAGCUCUAUGGGGCUCCCAACAGGCUGACCCUGCCCGCCAUGCGCCCCACAGCCUGCGCCGAGCACGGCGAGCAGCUCCUGGGGCUCCCCACCACGUCGCCCCUCGGCCAGUUUGGCUCCAGCAACGCCUAUGUCAGGCAGCCCAAUUUCCCCGCCGGCCUCGAGCGGUACAUGUGAUGGGGCUUGGGGAGCACGGACGGGUGCCCCGAGGUGGCCUGUGGGCAUGGCCUGGACACACGGACACUGCCCUGUCGUGGGAUCGGCUGGGUGGGGUGGGGGGGUCCCGGUCUUUGGCUGUGCAUGGACAC